UCCCGGCCCCGGCCCCGCCAUGGCCGCCGCCCCCCGCCUCGGCAUCCAGAUGCUGCUGGAGGCCGCCGAGUUCCUGGAGCGGCGGGAGCGAGAAGCCGAGCACGGCUACGCCUCGCUGUGGCCCGGCGGGAAGGACGGCGAGGCCCCGCGGCGCCGCGCCAAGGCCCGGAGGAGCGGCGGCGGCGGCGGCAGGUCGACACACAAUGAGAUGGAAAAGAACAGGCGUGCCCAGCUCCGGCUGUGCCUGGAGCGGCUGAAGGGGCUGGUGCCGCUGGGCGCGGCGGCCGGGCGCCACACCACGCUCAGCCUCCUCACCAGGGCCCGGCUCCACAUCCAGAAGCUGGAGGACCAGGAGCGCCGGGCCCUGCACCAGAUCGAGCAGCUGCAGCGGGAGCAGCGGCACCUGCAGCGGCAGCUGGAGAAGCUGGGAAUGGAGCGGGUCAGGAUAGACAGCAUCGGCUCCAGCCUCGCCUCCGAGCGCUCCGAGUCGGACCAAGAGGAGAUGGACGUGGACGUGGAGAGCACGGACGACCUCCCGGCCGACCUGGACUGGAGCAGCAGCAGCCCCAGCGACUCGGACGAGCGCGGCAGCCUGCAGAGCCUGGGCAGCGACGAGGGCUACUCCAGCUCCGGCGGGACCAGGGCCAAGCUGGCCGGCAGCAGGAAGCUUCCCGCCCUCGGGAUUUAGGGAGCGCUGCCCGCCGCCCCCGGGGGUCCCGUUAGCAGCACACCGACCCCGCCAGCCUCCCCCGCACCACGGAACCGCCCGCGCUCCCGCGGCCCGGCCCGGGAACAUCCCGGCAAUAACAGCGACGCAGGAGCCUCCCUGGGCUCUUCCCCGGGCUGUCACUGCCCGGUGUUCCCGACCUUCUCCACCUUUGGUGGCCACGCCACGUUCCCGGUCUCGGAGCCGCAGAGCUGAGUUCUCUGGGAGCAGAUCCGAUGCUUCGUGGAGUUCCCAUCCGUGGGGAGCUGGGAGCGUUUCGGGCACAGGGAUCAGCCUCAGUCGGGGCUCCCUUCCCCCGACUCUAAAUAUUCAGGGACCCCAUCCCAGCCCUCCCGGAGCACUCCCGGCUCAGCACAGGCUCAGAGCCAUCCCCACUCCUGGAUGUGGCGUUCCAGGCUCCUGGAGUUCCCUUCCCACGCUUUCGUCUCGGGGACAGUUUUUUCUACCUCGGAGGGAGCCCAGGGCCUCUCUCCACCCCUUCAGCACAA